AUGGGUCUGGCUUUAUUUCUUUUUUUUUUUUUUUCUAGCACCUAUUUUUUUCUUUCUCUUAUAAAUCGAUGGAACACAAAAAGAUCUGUUACGAUGAGUUUGAAAAGAAAGAAAAAAAAAAAAAAAGCCUUGCUUCCACUACAACCCGUAGUUCCUACAAUAUCGACCAUGUCAAAGGUGGACACUCUAUUAAAGGAAAUCAUAUCGUCUACUAAAUCAGCUGAGGAUUCAGUAAAAGGCUUGAUAGCGUUUGUCAAGGGCUCAUCUUCUCAGCAUCCAGAGUUAGUGCGGAACUUAUUAGCAAAAUCAAACUUGCCGUUGGAGGGGGUGUCUUUAUUGGGGUUGAAAAAUGAAUCAUUGGCUUCCUAUAUCAACAAUAUAGUGCUUGUUGUUUUGGCACAUCUUGAGUGUCUAGAAAAUGAUCUGGACACGGGAUCUAGCGCUGUUGAGCGAUCGAUAGUCCAGCGAGUGACGUUGGAAAAAGGCGUUAAACCACUUGAAAAGAAACUUAGUUAUCAAUUGGACAAAAUGAUCAGGGCAUAUGGGCGAAUGGAACAAGAUGAAAUGAAAGCCGAACAAAAAUUAAGUGACAAGGGAAGUGAAGAGGCUGUCGAGAGCGAUUCAGAAGAUGACUCAGAAGAUGACGAAUUGGCUUAUAGACCAGAUGCAUCAUCGUUGGCCAAAUUGACGUCAUCGAAAACCAAACUGAAACCAUCAUCAGCAGCAGUAUCUCCAUCGAAUGAAAAGUAUAGACCACCAAAGAUAUCGGCAAUGGCGCCUCCGACUGCAGCAAAGAGCCACGACAUUGAUGCGCACAUGACCUCGUCAAAGAAUCGUAAGUUACAGAGUAUGGAAGAAUACUUGCAAGAGCAAAGUGAUGUGCCAAUGAUGGAGGCGUCGGUGGGGUCCACAAUUGUUGAGCAUGGAAGAGGUGGUGUCAAAACACAGCACGAUCGUAAGAAAGAACAAGAGAUACAAACGUAUGAAGAGGAUAACUUUGUCAGACUACCAACCAAUCAAACAAAGAAAAGUUUCAAGGAAAAACAACGUGAUAUUCGCAAUCAAUUUGCUGGUGAAGACUGGUCGAUGUUUAAUAACAACAAAGAUGUGACUCGCCAAGGUACAUCACGAAAGAGAAAGGCAACCACUGUUUGGGAUAGAGUGAAGAAAAAGAAGAGUGCAUAG